AUAGUUCCGCUCAGCGCUCAACAUACGGCAAACGGGAAGCCAAACUGGACCACCAUUUGAGCGAAGCCGAAGACGAAACAACCAAAAGCGAAAAGAACCCACCACCGGCGACGUCUGUAAAUGACCGCUCGCGCUUAUUGCGCGUCGUUUUACCGGAAACUAAUGUGAAGUACUGCCAGCAACUCACACACACCUACGCCCACCACAUCCACGCAGAGCAGUGAAAAGGGAAAGGAAAAUGGAUCCCACAGCAUAGAAGAGUGACAAAUAAGAGCGGACGGGAACACCCGUACACUCACUACUCCCAUCCACUAAAGCGUUCAGGUGGCGUGCGCACUACAACAGUAAAUUUGUCUCCGGACCUGCCUUCACUAUGCAUUCAGCAGCUCCCUAAGCUCGACGACACUAGCAAACACAAACAAAAACAACCGGGCGGCGGAAGGUACAAAGGCAACCACAGGCAUAGGGGUAGGAGCGCGGUGCGAAAGCGAAAGCGGCGGCUACAACUAUGCCACCGGCAGCGUCGUCGGGACGGCGGGGCAAUGGGACGGCGGCACCAGCGCACCAGCAGCGCAAGGGCAAGGGAGGUGGCGGUGGCAGCGGCGGUACGGUUGUGAAGGGUGAGGGCUCUGGCGCUGCCCGGGCGCCCCAGGACCUGGACGAGGAUACCAAUGCCGGCUUCGGGAAGUAUUUAAGAUCGCAGGAAGGAAUAGAAAUGAUGAAGCUGUUCGUGAUCGCUAACACGAUUGUGGUGUUUGUUACGAUGGCCUGGCCCCAGAUGCAACAGUCUUACCGCAUUUUGCGCUCGCUUCUGUUUAGCGACGAGGACGACGAUGCUGGCGAACUCUAA